UGCCACCCUCAUCCUAAAGGUCCCAGUGUUGUGUGACUGUGAACAGGGAUAAGAUCCGCUUCACAGUAGACCAAUUGGGCAGUGAGUUCUGUGCAGUAGCAGCAGCAGUUUGCUCCUCCAGCUGUUAGAGAAAUGGGCAACUCCAACGGGUGCACCGUGGAUGACCUGCAAGCGGUGGAGAUGCACCUGUGGUACAAGAAGUUCAUGACGGAGUGUCCAUCAGGGCAGCUCACGCUGCACGAGUUCAAGCAGUUCUUCGGGCUGAAAGGAUUGGACCAAGAGGCCAAUGCCUACAUAGAGCAGAUGUUCCGAACAUUCGACAUGAACAAGGACGGCUACAUAGACUUCAUGGAGUACGUGGCGGCCCUGAGUCUGGUGAUGCGGGGAAAGAUGGAGCACAAGCUUCGAUGGUACUUCAAACUCUACGACGUGGAUGGAAACGGCUGCAUCGACCGCUACGAACUCCUCAACAUCAUCAAGGCCAUCCGGGCGAUCAAUGGGAACGACAAUCAGGAGACGACGGCGGAGGAAUUCACCAACAGAGUCUUUGAUAGGAUUGAUGUCAACGGAGACGGUGAGCUGUCUUUGGAGGAGUUUGUGGAAGGCGCUCGAAGCGAUGAAGACUUCAUGGAGGUGAUGAUGAAGAGCUUGGACCUGCGCCACAUUAUGGCUAUGAUCCACAACAGGAGGCACAGUGUUUAGGCUCUGCACGUCCCUCAUCUUACCUCACAACUCUGCCUCUUGGGAAAAAAGAAAAGCUCUUCUGUACAGUAAUUUGACUCCACCGUAACGCAGACAUAUCCUAAGUUUAUUCUCCGAAUGAGUGACACUCAUGCACUUUAAACAGGCUUUCUCCAGUGUUUAUCCUGGGUUAAUAAGGGGGAGCUCUCCAAGGUUUAGAGGAGGACUCGAUUCUGUAUCAUGAACUUUUUUUUAUUGUUCUGUGUUUAAGGAUGGAAAUGAAAAACAGGGCAUGAGUGUGUUUCUUUGACUGAAGGGUUGGUUUAAUAUUCAACAUGGAGACAGAUUCAGAAUAAUCUGCUUCUGUUGUGCUCAUCUGGUGCCUUCAGUUGAAGCACUGAACAGUGCUUUUCAGGUUUUGUCUGAUGAUAUAUUGAGAAAAAAAAACAUAUUUAUACAUUUUUUUUAUAUCUUAAAGCUGCAAGAAAAUUAGAAAAAAAUAAUUUUGUUUUUCUUUCUGUGUCAAAUUGAAUGUUUCUGCAUUUUUCAGUUCAGUUCAAAUGACCAGAGUGAAAUCUGCAUAGGUCUAUAUUACAACCUGCACAAGUUGCAGAUCUAUCCAGUGUAUGUAUAUAGAACCCCUGUUGGUUCAGUGUAUGUGGAAAAAAUAGACUGUAAAAAUGUACACAAAAUAAAUAAAAGUUGAAAACUGAA